AGACGACGCCCAGACGUGACCUGGAACGAAAUCUGGCAACGCAUACUAGCGCCACUCCGUUCCCGAACGUGUACCGUGAGCGCACUGGACAACUGUUUCGACAGAAAGUGCAGUUAAGAGCAAAGAAGUCGGAAAGACACGAAAAAAUGUGGUCCGGUCUCCUUGUUUGCAUGUUGGUGGUUGGGGCAAUGGCUUUCCAACCCAGUGUACCGUUUGGGGCCUCGCAACCCGGAGAAAGGCAUGAGCCUUGCUGUGCUCCAAGAUAUUUUACAUUCAAUCAAGUUACUACGACGACUUCGGUACAAGACGGCAGUCUACUGGUUGAGUACGAUAACGCUGAGGGCGCCUAUGACGCCAAGUUUGAGCGAAUUGCGGUCAAACUUGUCAUCGAUUAUUUCAAUGGGACGGAAGUAUAUCUGAGACUCAUUGAAGAUUACAUAAAGGGUGUCUCGUAUUACAUUUUGGAGCAUGCAGGAGAAGACAUCUGCUUCGUUGGCCGCACCGAAGGGAGAUUCAAUGAGGAGUGUCUGAAUGACGAUGCCCAGUUUCUAAGUGAGGCAACUCUUGGCGAUUAUGAUCUUGUCCUGGACAACUGGUACGUUGUCAGCGAAGACAAGACUGAGCACUCUGUCAAGAGUGUGCAACAUGAAGGGUGUGUUCCUGUGGGACUCCUGACUCGCACAUUUGACCCAGACACAGGAAAAGAACUCAAGGUUGACGACUCGAGAGUUCUCGACUUCAAACUAGGAAUCUGUGAUCCAGACAAGUACUUCAAACCUCCUGCAUCAUGUGACGAGGGGCGUGCCGUUGACAAACCAACUCCCCAGAUGUUGAAGUAUCGCAGAAAGGGUCUGUUUCGCCGUUCAAUUUCCGAAUAAUCAUAGUCCUUAAUGAAGCAUGAUGUUUCUUAUUCGCUUUUUAGUUUCGUUUUCAUAGUACCACGCUGUCAACGUAAACUCAUUCAUUUGAGCCGUUCAUUAAAAUAGAGGUACCAGACGGGAAUUGAAUAUAACUGUAGUAUGGGUAUCGUAGGGGGCGCCCCCUAACCAACAAAAUGUACAAGAAAAAAAUUUAAAAGGAAAAUGGUACGGAUUAAAGCAACAGAAAUGAUGAAAUAGAGAUUAAACGGGACGUUAAGCAAACAAAUUGCUUGAAAACCCCUAAACUGACUCCUCCAGCUGUUAAUUGCAUAAAAAAUUAUCCUGCAACAACAUGGUAUCAGUGAUUUAACAUCAAGUAAUGUGUGCUUGAUUGGAGUUUCAUGUCUGAAAUACUUAGACGAGGAUCUAUCAAAUGGGGAUAUUAAACAUGUUACAUGAAAUGAAAAGCUUUUAACUUGUUUGCAGAUCACACCACCGUGACACCGGAUCGUUCCAAAGCCAUAAAAAUUCUUUGUUGAUAUGAGCAAAAAUUGUUAAGUGUGUUUUUAAUCGUACUUUGUAUUAAUGAUAGUUUUUAAAUCGGUGAUGGGAUUUAUCUCUAUAAAGUUAAAUUUACGCGAAGGGCAACUUAACAUGAAUGUAGGCAACAAACCUAAAGUGUAGGGACGUUUGUUCAAAAUAAAUACUUUUCGCAAGUGAU